AUGAUUACACCUGCUACCCCCCAAAUUUGGGCUUGGGCCAGCAUGCAACCACUUGAACUCUUGGCUAUCAUCCGCUCCUUUGAGUACUGGCGCAUUUUCCUGGAAGGAACCGUCCACCCUGUCACCGUAUUCACAGACCACCGCAACCUGGAGUACUGGAAGGAGUCCCAAACAUUCAACCGGUAUAACUUCCAAAUUGUUUACCGCCCAGGAAAGCAGUCCGGAAAACCUGAUGCCCUCUCACAACGUGCUGAUCAUGCCAACAUUCCACCCGCUGCCCAGACUAUGCUCCCUGAUCCGGUAUUUGCCAACAUGGCCCUGGUAACCCCCAAAAAGGAACUCCAACGCCAGAUUGAAGCUGCCUUGGACCAAGACAAAUCCCUGGAGGAAAUACUACAAUUCCUCCAAAAUGAGUCCAAGGCCCCACCAUCAAUUAAACGUGCCUUCAGGGAUUACAAAAUGGAAGCAGGCUUGCUAUUUUACCAAGGGAGAAAUGUGGUACCGGACGUUGGAACAUUGAGAAUGGACCUACUUUGCAUAUUCCAUGACAGCCCUCUGGCUGGAAACUACUGGCCUGGCAUCUGGGCUGACACAUACUGGCACAUUGAUUCCUGCAAAACAUGCCAACGGAUCUGGAAACCCGAGUACACAUCUAUCCCACCUCAACCUCUAGAACUCCCAUCACGCCCGUGGCAACAUGUAUCAUACAACAUGAUAGUAGACCUGCCCAGGGACGGAAAUAGUGACUCUAUCCUGGUCAUUGUGGAUAGCUUUACCAAAUACGUGAUCCUGGUAGAGUGUUCCAAGAAGCUCAAAGCCCUGGAGUUGGCAGAUCUAUUCCUGCGCCAUGUAUGGAAACACUACGGCAUGCCUGAAAAGACAGUGUCAGACCGCGGACAAGUUUUUAAUAACAAAUUUCUGAGGGCCCUGUACCAACGCCUGGGAAUAGACCCCCACUUCUCUUCAGCCUACCAUCCUCAAAGUGACGGGCAGACGGAGCGUGUAAAUCCCAUGGUUGAACACUUCUUACAGGCCUACUCAGGGGUAAACCAGAAAGACUGGGUCAAGUGGUUACCAAUGGCGGAAUUUGCCUACAACAACGCAGUACAUAGCUCAACAGGCAAAUCUCCUUUUAAGGCACUAUACAGUUGGGAACCUUCUUUGACUCCAAGUAACGUCCCAACAGACGUCCCUGAGGCAGACAAUCUAGCAAACCAAAUGGAAUCACAAUGGUGGGAAAUAGAGGCGGCACUCUGGCAAUCAAAGACACGCAUGAUGGCUGGGGACGUAGGAGAACCACUUGAGUUCAAAAUUGGGGAAGAAGCCUGGCUAGAUGCCAAAAACGUGAAGCUAAAGACCCUAAGUCCAAAGCUAACCAAACAACGCCUAGGCCCCUUCAAAAGCAUACCGUCUAGAACUUCCCCAACAAUGAGAAUCCACAAUGUUUUCUACGUGGGCCUCCUGUCAAAAGUCAAAAGGGACAAAAAGCGCAGCUUUGAGAACCGGCCUCCACCUGUCACUGUGGAUGGAGAAGAAGAAUACAAGGUCAAAGGGAUCACAGACAUGGAAGAAAGGAACGGGAAAUGGUUUUUUAGGGUAAAAUGGAAAGGCUACGGAUCAGAGGAGAAUACCUGGGAACCAAGGGAAAACCUCAAGAACGCCGAAAAAAUCCUAAAAAAAUUCGAGGAAGAAAUGAAAAAGAAGGCCCUCAGCGCUGCCAAGGCCCUUAGAGGGGGGGCAGUGUUGUAG